GGAAAAUAGAGGAGAGAGGGGGUAGACUGAGGGCGUGCGAUACUACUGGAGCAUUUAACCGUGGAGGAUACAGACAGACUGGUUGGUUGAGGACCGAGAGAGCCGCUGCCUGACUUUCUCCAGUCGCUCGAAGCUUGGAUCAAGAGGUAAACACAGACUGAGGAAGGCAACAGAGACCUGGUAAAGAAGGGGUGACUACAUGCACAGUUGUGUUUUGCCUGUAGAAGACCAGAGUAUCAGAAGGAACCAUGAAUUUUGUGAUGAAGCAAGCCUUAGGUGGGGCCACUAAAGACAUGGGGAAAAUGUUAGGCGGAGAGGAGGAGAAGGAUCCAGAGGCCGCAAAGAAGAAGAAGGAGGAAGAGGAGGAGCGACAGGAGGCACUGAGACAACAGGAGGAGGAGAGGAAGGAUAAGCACCGGAAAAUGGAGGCAGAAAGAGAAGUCGUACGACAGUCCAUCAGGGACAAGUAUGGCUUGAAGAAGAAGGAGGAGAAGGAGGCAGAGGAGAAGGCAGCCAUGGAGCAGGCCUGUGAGGGGUCUCUGACGCGUGCCAAGAAGGCCAUCCCAGCCGGGUGCGGAGACGAGGAAGACGAGGAUGAGGAGAGCAUUCUGGACACCGUCCUCAAGUUCCUCCCUGGACCUCUAAAGGACAUGUUCAAGAAGUAAUGAACACAUCGACAACAACAACACAUGGUUCGGUCCAGCCAGGGGGAGGAGAGAUCUGGGACUGGGGAUUUGGGUAGAAGGGGUUCUUGCCAAACGGCCAUUCACUGCCUUUACAGAAAUAUUUGUUGUUUUCUUACCCUGACUAGACACAAUGUGGUUAUAUAUCUACCCACAGCUUCUCGUCGGUCUCUCAACUGCCGACUGAGUUUAUGUUUGGUUUCCCCCCCCCCCCUAAUCUAACAUUCCAACGUUGGUAUAUAGAUUCACCGCACCAGGUAGAUGCAUUUGGAUUGGUUGGCCAUUGGUAUUAACUGGGGUAAGGAGUUUCUGUCCAGCCAUUCAUUAGAGAGCAGGGUUCAAUCCACCGUACUAAUGGACAGACACUUCAAUGGGCAAUUCCUGCUGAUGUGGUUGAAAAGCACUGCCAACACGUAUCUGAAGAUGGAGCGCUUUUUUCUUUUUCUUUUUUUAAUUCACUGGCUUUUUCUAUUUUUAUAGUAAGUAAGCUACUGUAACUGUAUGGGCAGGGGAUAUUCUAUUCUAGGUCUUUUUGAGAUCAGCAGUUUAGUUAGUUUAGACUGUGCCUUCGUAGGACUUCCUCCAACAGGGGAACUGUUAAUGAGGGUCUCGUUGAAGUCGUUUUGAUGAUAUCAUUUAACUUUGUGAUACGCUGUUUUGUCUUCAAAGGAUGCAAACAUGCCACAUUAUGACGUAUGCAUUUAAUGUUAGUCUGGCUGUACGAAUAGAGCUGAUCCAAUGCCUUCUUAAUGUUAGUCUGGCUGUACGAAUAGAGCUGAUCCAAUGCCUUCUUAAUGUUAGUCUGGCUGUACGAAUAGAGCUGAUCCAAUGCCUUCUUAAUGCUAUGAAACAACUAAGGCAAGUUUAAUUUCCCUUUACAUUCCUGACUAAUGAUAAAACAUAUCUCAUUUUCCCAGAUUAAAUAUAGGAGAUUAUCACCUUGACAGACUGCAUCUUGUGAGAGAAACCAUUUUUGCUCAAACAAAGGUCACCUCGUCAACAUUAAACACUCAGAUUAUCCAUAGAAUACAACAGAUUCACCUCUUCAACAAUAGACACUCAGAUUAUCCAUAGAAUACACUAGAUUAAUAUUCAACAUUAUACACUCAGAUUAUCCAUAGAAUACACUAGAUUAAUAUUCAACAUUAUACACUCAGAUUAUCCAUAGAAUAAAA